UCUCAUUUCUGUCUUCUGUCAUUGAUAUCAGUCUCUUGACGCGCUUACGUAGGGUGUGCGCCACAUCUUCAGGGCUCAAGGGAGACGGAAGUUCAGCACGGAGCACCGACGUUAGCUCGUUUCUUCGGGCUGUGUGAGAGCUCUGUUAACCUUUCCUGGAAAGUGUGGUGAACAGUUUUACCUGAGUGGUUCUUGUGGGUUACAAAAAGUAAAGUAACGCUUCGAUUAACAAAUAACACCGUCUUACCUGUCAUACUCUAAAUCCGAGUUAAGGGGACUACAGAACAGGCUUCAUCAUCAUGGCUCCACAUCCUGUAAUACAGGCAAUCAUUGACUUUUCAGCAGGAGCAGCAGGUGGUACAGCCUGCGUGCUAAGCGGUCAGCCAUUUGACACCAUCAAGGUGAAGAUGCAGACGUUUCCCAGCAUGUACCGUGGCUUCAUCCACUGCUUCAUUUCAAGUUUCAAACAGGUGGGACUCCGUGGUCUCUACAAAGGCACCACACCAGCCCUCCUGGCCAACAUCAGUGAGAAUGCGGUGCUCUUCUUGAGUUAUGGCCUGUGCCAGGACACUGUCCGUCUUUUGUUAAGGAUGGAUAACGGAGCAGAGCUCAGUGAUGUCCAAAAAGCUUCUGCAGGGUCUUUAGCUUCCAUCUUCUCCUCCAUGGCCAUUUGCCCCACAGAGCUGGUGAAAUGUCGCCUACAGGCCAUGCAUGAAAUGGAGGAGACUGGAAAAGUUGCAAAAGGACAGCGAAGCACCGUCUGGUCUGUGGUUAAGACUGUGCUGCGGACAAAUGGUCCUUUGGGUUUCUACCAGGGACUCACCUCAACCAUUGUCAGGGAAAUACCAGGUUACUUCUGCUUCUUUGGUGCCUACGAAGUAUGUCGGAGUACAUUUGCACACCAUAUGGGGACAGACAAAGACAGUAUAGGCAUUCUUCCACUUAUGUUCAGCGGUGGAUUUGGAGGGGCUUGUCUUUGGCUAGUGGUCUAUCCAAUCGAUUGUGUGAAGUCUAGGAUUCAAGUCUACUCUUUAGCUGGGAGGCAAGAGGGUUUCAUGAAGACCUUCAUGGGUAUUAUACGCACUGAGGGUUUCACGGCUCUGUACUCUGGUUUGACUCCUACCAUGAUACGCACCUUCCCUGCCAACGGAGCACUCUUCCUAGCUUAUGAGUUCAGCCGUAAAUUUAUGAUGGACACAGUGGGGGCCACAAGUGUGCCGCUGCAGCUCCAAGUGUCAGACUUCUCUCCAAUGAUCUCAACAACAUCCAGCACAGUGGAGAUGGUUACUCCACGCAAACUUCAGAUCAGUGAAGAAAAUGUUGAAGAUAAAAAUGCAAGGAGGUUGGAAUGUUUUGGUUGGCUGCUGGUAAUUAUAUCCCUCCUGUUUAUAACGCUAACCUUCCCAGUCACGUUGUUUAUGUGUGUCAAGAUAGUAAAGGAGUAUGAGCGAGCGGUCAUUUUCAGACUUGGGCGAAUCGUCGAUCGGAAACCUAAAGGACCAGGCCUAUUUUUUGUUUUGCCCUGCACUGAUAACUUUGUGAAAGUUGAUCUAAGGACUGUGUCUUUUGAUAUCCCUCCACAAGAGAUCCUGACCAAAGACUCGGUCACUGUGUCCGUGGAUGGAGUUGUCUACUUCCGCAUUCACUGUCCCAUCUCAGCUGUGGCCAAUGUGUCCAAUGCACACACAUCCACACGGCUGCUUGCGCAAACCACUCUGAGGAAUGUACUUGGCACCAAAAACCUUUCAGAACUACUGUCUGACAGAGAAGGAAUUUCAGUGAGCAUGCAGGAGGCCCUGGAUGAAGCCACCGACUCAUGGGGGAUCAAGGUGGAGCGUGUGGAGAUCAAGGAUGUGAAGCUGCCUCAGCAGCUGCAGAGAGCCAUGGCUGCAGAGGCGGAGGCCAGUCGGGAGGCCAGGGCUAAAAUCAUUGCUGCAGAAGGUGAGAUGAAUGCUUCCCGGGCUCUGAAAGAAGCAGCUCUAGUCAUCAAUGAAGCCCCGUCUGCUCUCCAGCUGCGAUACCUGCAGACUCUCAAUUCCAUCGCCGCGGAGAAGAACUCCACCAUCAUCUUCCCUCUGCCCAUAGACAUGAUGCAGAGUUUCAUGCAGAAAAAGUGAUGAACCAUGUAGUCUGCACAAUAAUUUUCGUCCCAAAGUAAGUUCGCAUGUUUCAAACAGGGAGGAAAUAAGAGCUACUCGUUAAUGCAAAUACAAACCAAACACUGUUUUUGUGUACUUAUUAUGCUUAUUGUGAUUUAAUAAUUAAAUACAAAGUGCAACAUA